CCAGGUAUUUUUUCAGUAUGUUAAUGUACAUAUACAAAACAGUAAAGCUGAAGUUAAGUUGCUAUUUUUAUAUGCAGGUCUCUACAAUCCAAGAACUUGUUACUGGUUACGAAGCCUCUUUGAGAACGUGUGACCUUUUUGGUCCAUGUGAAAAUGGAGAGAGAGAGCCCCCAACGACGCUGCUCUGGGUUCGGUAUUUCCUGGCACAGCACUUUGACAAACUUGGCCAGUGUUCUUUGGCCUUGGAUUACAUUAAUGCUGCAAUUGCAAGCACUCCAACAUUAAUAGAACUAUUCUACUUAAAAGCAAAAAUUUACAAGCAUGUAGGUAACCUGAAGGAAGCUGCCAAAUGGAUGGAUGAAGCACAAUCUUUAGAUACUGCUGACAGAUUUAUCAAUUCUAAAUGUGCUAAAUACAUGCUGCGAGCAAAUAUGGUGAAGGAUGCAGAAGAGAUGUGUUCUAAAUUCACUAGGGAAGGGACUUCUGCUAUGGAAAACCUAAAUGAGAUGCAGUGUAUGUGGUUCCAGACUGAAUGUGCUGCAGCUUAUCAAAGGCUAGGGAAAUAUGGUGAAGCCUUGAAAAAAUGUCACGAAGUAGAAAGGCAUUUUUUUGAGAUAACGGAUGAUCAAUUUGACUUCCACACAUACUGCAUGAGAAAGAUGACUCUUCGUGCCUAUGUAGACCUUUUGAGAUUAGAAGAUGUGCUCAGGAAACAUGCCUUCUACUUCAAAGCUGCUCGAUCAGCAAUUGAAAUCUACUUGAAGCUUCAUGAUAAUCCUCUUACCAAUGAAAGCAAAGAACAAGAAGUGAAUUCAGAAAAUCUCUCAGCCAAAGAACUGAAGAAGAUGCUUAGCAAGCAAAGAAGAGCACAGAAAAAAGCAAAACUUGAAGAGGAAAGAAAGCAUGCAGAAAGAGAGAGACAGCAAAAGAAUCAAAAGAAAAAGCGAGAUGAAGAGGAAGAGGAAACUAGUGGACCUAGGGAAGAACUAGUUCCUGAAAAACUGGAAAGGGCAGAAAAUCCAUUAGAAGAAGCCAUUAAAUUCCUUAUUCCACUUAAGAAUCUUAUUGGAGAUAACAUAGACACCCAUUUAUUAGCAUUUGAAAUAUACUUUAGAAAAGGAAAGUUUCUGUUAAUGUUACAGUCUGUCAAAAGAGCUUUUGCUAUCAACAGUAAUAAUCCGUGGCUUCAUGAGUGCUUGAUUAAAUUCUCUAAAGCUGUAUCUGACCACAGUAACCUCCCAGAAAUUGUGAGCAAGGUCCUAACUCAAGAAAUGCAGAAAAUCUUUGUCAAUAAAAAUUUGGAAAGUUUUAAUGAGGAGUUUCUCAAACACAAUGCUACCUCCAUUCAGCACCAACUUUCAGGUGCAAAAAUGAUGUAUUUUCUGGACAAAUCAAGGCAAGAAAAAGCAAUUGCUGUGGCUACUAGAUUGGAUAAAAACAUGAGAGACAAAAAUGUGAAGACAUUAACCAAGGUUUUUGAGGCACUGCUUGACGGCAGUUUUGGAAGUUGCCACACUCAAUGUGAAGAAUAUCAAGCAGCGUGUCAUAAACUGUUUCCUUUUACAUCUGCCUUUAUGCCUGCCACGAACGAAGAUGAGAGCAGCAUUGCAUCUGUGAAUCAUACAGCCAUUAACCACGACUUACUGUCUAAUGAAAUAUGAAGUAGCAUAUGCAAGCCCAUGUGUGUGCCUACAUACCUACACACACAUGCAAAACUCUGACUGUCAUUACAUGCUGGCUGGAUACGGAUCAGGGUUACUUUUCCAGGUUGCAUUUUAAUAUCUUUAACAGGUCUAAAAUGAAAUAUUUGGCUAGCUUAAUGAAAUGGAGUAUACUAUUAGUUAUUUUUUUUUUCCUCCCAACAAAAACUGCCAAUAGUUAUGUAAACAUGAUCUUUAAUCAGCAUUUUUCAUGUUUAUACUUGUACAGUUUUAAGUCUUUUAAUAAUCCAUCGGCCCUCCCUCACAAAAAAAUGAUGGAUGUUAGACUGCUUUCACCAGUGUCAUUGCAUACACAUAUGAAUGUGAUCAAUAUCUAGUUAAGAAAUUAUCUUUUGAGCAUCUUUAGCAGAUUAAGACGGAAGUGCUGCUUGGAUUACCCUCUUCAUCUUCUACUGUUGUUCUUGGGAUUUUUUUUACUUUUUUUUUUUUAAUCUUUGCUCAGUUUGGUUUCUUUUGAAGCACAGUGAAUGUUGGCAGUUUGCAUGUUUUUGUAAGGUGUGUGUCUUAUGGAACCGGUCUUGAUGGAUAUGAAGAUUAGGUUUGUAUAAAAACUAAGGGUUUUUGAAAACUGUAUUCUAUCUACCUUGUGUUCCAUAACUAUUAUUUCUUAAGUUUAUGAUCUGUUUAACAUUUUCUGUUUGAGUAUUCUCAAGCAACUCCCUGAAAAUGCAAUGAAUUUAAUACUGUUGUCUGGUUUGUUUUUUUGUUGUUGUUGUUCCAUCUUACCCUUCUUUCUCUCACUUCUGAUUUCUCCCCAUCUGUUCACUUACUGACAGUUAAAAAAAGCUGCUCCAAUAUUGGGUAAAUGCAUAAGGUACAGUAAUGGGGGAUACAGUUCCCCUCCACAUCCUAAAAAUUCACUGCUAAGUUUACUGUAUUACCUCCAUUAAAAGUCUUAGUUGUGAAUUUAUGGCCAAUAUAUCAACGCUUCUCAUGCCUAAAUACUAUUGCUGUAGGUGCUGCAAAGCAAGCAGUAUGUGAGGAGUGUGUUUUAUAUUUAAAAACCGUUCAAGGGAGCACGAAGAGGAUGACUACAAAUCACAAUGAACCUUUUUCUUUAUUCUGGUGCAUUAACUAUUAAAUACACGACAUGAAAAUGGAAGUUUGAAUCUAAUAUACCUAUUUAAAGCGUAAUGCUGGACAAAAUGGCUACAUAUGACAGCUUUACAUUCUAUAAAGAACUGCUAUCAAAAUAUAACUAUACUGUGGCUUGUACAGAAAAUCCAUUUUCUGGAAACUGUAAUGGAAUCAUUCAGUCAGUUUUGUUUUUAUUCCACUGCAGUGUAAAUAAUUUCAGUAAUAUUAACUAGCCCCUCUAAGGCAAAUAUGAAUUCACGAAGAGGGGAUUUUAUUAAGACAAAUAAACUGUUCUAAUUAAAAUUUUCUUUUGUGUGUCAUCUAUUUAGAUUCAAAAUUGUUGAAUGGAAAACUCACUGUAAAAUAUUGCCAACAUAUGUUAUGCUGUAAUAAAUUAUUUUGUACACACUUG